GUUUAAGCCCAUUUAUUAUUUCUAUUACUACCACUAAAGUAAAUAAAAACACACACAAUCGGCUCAGGUAUUUCCGAUCCGGUUUAAUUCCGGUUUAGUUUCAAAUUGAAACUCCCAAUCACUUCCUAAAAUCAAACACACUACUCAAAAAGAGCCUUAACGUCGGCGACGGCGACCAUGGCUCUUCUCCUCCGAUCUCUCUCGAAAGCUCGCGUUUUUCAUCCUUAUUCUCCAUCUCUGACCUCAAGAACCCUAAUUUCUUGGUCUCGAUGCAAUUCUCCUCAAUCACGUGACGUCACUACUUCGCGGCGAUCCUACUCAGCAAUCCCGUCGGCGAAGUCUCCCUUCCGGUCCAACCUCCUUCGAAUCCUAAGAAACGAGAUCGAGUAUCAAUCGGAAUAUGCUCCCCCGCAUCAGCCAGCGACUGAGUUCAAAUCAUUCACUGUUCAAGAUCGUCCUGGUGAGCAAUGCAUUGUGAUGAAAGGGGGGUUUGGAGAAGACGAAACCAUAAAAAUGGAAGCUACUAUGUUCGAUGGGUUCGUGACUGUUCCAAGAACCGGUUUAGAUGCUUCAGGGAGCGACGUCCGUCUUCACAUUAGCUUGCUUGUUGACAUUUCAAAGUCUGAUGGGAGUGAAGACAUGGAGUUUCUCUGUUCUGUCUGGCCUAACCGUAUCCAAAUUCAAAACCUUUACAUGAGACGUGAUAAGAUCACUGGUCAGCCUUACUUGGGACCAAAGUUCGGGAGUUUGAAGUAUGAUUUUCAGGCAGCGGUUAAGGAGUUUUUGCGAGUAAGAGGGCUAGAUUCGGAGCUUUGCUUUUUCUUGCAUGAAUAUAUGAUGAAUAAAGAUAGGAUUGAGCUUAUUCAAUGGUUGAGAAAGCUAAAUUCAUUCAUCGCAAAAUAAUUUUUCCACAUCUUUUGAUUAUAGUGUGAUCGGUUUAUACAAUGUUUAAGAUGGAAUAAAGUUGAUCAUGACAAUGUUACUAACCGUUACAGUAAAAAUUGGUACUUUGUUG